AUUCGAGCUCGGUGGUCCAUCACUCUAUUGCAUCAAAACCCUGCUUGCUGCCAACACCUUCCCUCUCUUUUGCUCCUUCCCCGUAAUUCUCUCUUGUUUGCUCAAGAUAUUUCUCAAUCCAUUGUCUCUUACACAGUGAGGAACAAGCUAUGGAUCCUGUCAACCAAUCGUCCGACAACUCUAUCUCGGGCCACCCAGCCGCCGACGAUAUCCCCAAUGAUGGCACUGGCGUCGUCAAGCUCGACCCUUGGUUGUCGCCCUUCAAGGAUGCCCUGAAGAGCAGAUACAGCAAGGCCCAGGACUGGAUGAAGACAAUUAACGAGAAGGAAGGAGGUCUUGAAAAGUUCAGUCGCGGUUACGAGAUUCUGGGCUUCAACGUCAAGCCCAAUGGCGACAUUGUCUACCGCGAAUGGGCUCAGAGUGCUCUGAGAGCCUACCUCAUUGGAGACUUCAACAACUGGAACCGCGACUCGCAUGAGAUGAAGAAGAACGAGUUCGGUGUCUUCGAGAUCACUUUGCCUGCACAGAACGGCCAACCCGCCAUCCCUCACGACUCAAAGAUCAAGGUCUCCUUCGUCGUCCCCAACGAUCACGCCAGACAAGAGCGCAUUCCUGCAUGGAUUACCAGAGUCACCCAGGACCUGAACGUCUCUCCCGUCUACGAUGCGCGCUUCUGGAACCCUCCUAAGAACGAGCGUUACACUUUCAAGCACCCCAAGCCCCCGAAGCCAAAGAGUGCUCGUAUCUACGAAGCCCACGUUGGUAUCUCGUCGCCCGACCCCAAGGUCGCUACCUACAAAGAGUUCACACAAAACACAUUGCCUAGAAUCCAUCAUUUGGGCUACAACGUCAUCCAGCUCAUGGCGAUUAUGGAGCACGCAUACUACGCCAGUUUCGGCUACCAGAUCAACAGCUUCUUCGCCGCAAGCAGUCGCUACGGUCUGCCUGAUGAGCUGAAGGAGCUCAUCGACACUGCCCACAGCAUGGGCAUCACCGUCCUCUUGGAUGUUGUUCACAGUCACGCUUCGAAGAAUGUGCUUGACGGCUUGAACAUGUUCGACGGCAGUGACCACCUCUACUUCCACGAGGGCGCAAAGGGCAGACACGAGCUCUGGGACAGCAGACUCUUCAACUACGGCCACCACGAGGUUCUGCGAUUCCUGCUGAGUAACCUCCGCUUCUGGAUGGAGGAGUACAACUUUGACGGUUUCCGUUUCGACGGUGUUACCAGCAUGCUCUACACUCACCACGGUAUUGGAACGGGUUUCUCUGGAGGUUACCACGAGUACUUCGGCCCUGGUGUUGACGAGGACGGUGUCGUCUACCUCAUGCUCGCCAACGAGCUGCUGCACUCGCUCUACCCCGACUCCAUCACUAUCGCCGAAGAUGUUUCAGGUAUGCCUGCUCUCUGCGUGGCUCUCUCCCUGGGCGGAAUAGGAUUCGACUACAGACUUGCCAUGGCCAUUCCUGACUUGUACAUCAAGUGGCUGAAGGAGAAGGAGGAUAUUGAUUGGGAUAUGGGCAACCUCGCCUUUACCCUCACAAACAGAAGACACGGCGAGAAGACUAUCGCAUAUGCUGAGUCUCACGAUCAGGCUUUAGUCGGUGACAAGACUCUUCUCUUCUGGCUCUGUGAUGCCGAGAUGUACACAAACAUGUCUACUCUGAGCCAAUUCACCCCCGUCAUUGAGCGCGGUAUGGCUUUGCACAAGAUGAUCCGUCUGAUCACACACGGUCUUGGAGGUGAGGGAUACCUCAACUUCGAAGGAAACGAGUUUGGACACCCCGAAUGGCUUGACUUCCCGCGUGAGGGCAACGGCAACAGCUUCCACUACGCUCGCCGCCAGUUCAACCUUGUCGAUGACAAGGUCCUCCGCUACCACUUCCUGAACGACUUUGACAGCAAGAUGCAAUGGACCGAGGAGAAGUAUGGCUGGUUGCACUCUGACCAAGCUUACGUCUCCCUCAAGAAUGAGAGCGACAAGGUCAUUGUCUUCGAGCGUGCCGGUCUUCUCUGGAUCUUCAACUUCCACCCUACGAACAGCUUCACGGACUACCGUGUUGGUGUUGAGCAGGGAGGUACUUACCGCAUUGUCUUGAACACCGACAGCCCAUCUUUCGGCGGUCUGGGUCGCGUUGACGAGAGCACCCGCUUCUUCACCACCGAUUUCGCCUGGAACGACAGAAAGAACUUCCUCCAAGUCUACCUCCCCACAAGAACAGCGAUCGUUCUUGCCCUCGAAUCCACCUUGUAAUGAAGCGUCUGAUUUGUUUGCUUUUCUAUGAUAUCUAACCUGCGGGAACGAUGAGACGAGGAAACGACUCCAAGUAUAGAUUGUAUCUUAUUUCCAAAAACAGCUUGAUCCAAAUACCUAACGAAAUCGUCGCCCUUGGUUUCUC